AUGACCAACAACUACACUGAUUCUGUCCUGGAUUUCAAUUUCCCUUCGUUUUCGUCUAUCCCAUUUCACCAGCAUGAUCAGAAACAGCGAAAGAAGCGAACCAAAUUGAUCAAGAUGGAACCCAGUUCAGUUCCUUCUACUGCCAGUGUUUCUGUCGUCUCCAAGCCAAAAUAUCAGGCUAAAAAAUCAGACCUUUCUGCCCCUAAGAUCACCAUGCCUUGUACUGAGUGUGGUAAAAAGUUUUGGUCCUGGAAAGCACUCUAUGGCCAUAUGAGAUGUCAUCCUGAGCGUCAAUGGCGUGGGAUUAAUCCACCAUCCAACUAUCGUAGACCUGUUUUGCCAGUUACAGAGAUGGGUAAUGUAGAAGAAGCUGCAAUGACCUCGGAGGAGUAUGAAGCGGCUGCAUGUUUGUUACUGUUGAAUGAUAGUGAUGGCGGCACAACAACAUUGGCUGAUACCGAAUGCAGCGGACAUGGUGGGAUUCGUUUUCACGUUCACGAAGAUUUGAAUUGUGGUUUUGAAUGUUCCAGUUGCAAAAAGGUGUUUGGAUCGCACCAGGCAUUGGGAGGUCACAGGGCAAGUCACAAGAACGUGAAAGGCUGCUUCGCAAUGACCUGUGAGAUGGGUGAAGAUCAUAUAGGAAGCAGCGGAGCCAGCAGUGGUGCGAAGGAGAAUGUGGAGGAUAAUAACAAGAUGUUGAUGGUGUUAGGGCACAGAUGCAGUAUCUGUUUAAGGGUGUUCGCUAGUGGGCAGGCACUGGGUGGGCACAAGAGGUGUCAUUGGGAGAAAGGAGAAGAAACCUUGUCGUCAUCGAUGAAUCAAGGAGGAGUUGCAACGAAGGAAGAGGAAGCUUGUGGAUUGGACCUGAACUUGCCUGCACCAGUUGAAGAUGAAUUAUCCUCUUCAUAUUCAUUGGACCUCGCCCUGGAUUUGAGGUUGGGUCUCUGA